UUUUUUUAAACUUUGGACUGCCAAGAGCUGAAGAGUGGUGUGCAAAGGAAUGAAGGGGAGAGAGAGAGAGAGACUAAACUGGAAGCCUGAGUUUGGUGUUGCCUCUUGAAAUCUUAUGAAUGGAUUACUAGCAGCUGAGAGCCAGGAGAGUCCUAUAGGGGAUGCAAGAUCAUCCACACACUCAGGGGGAGAAAAACAGGCGGAACCCUUUUCUGAUGUCCUAUCCCCCCUUCCUGAAAUGAAUGGGACCCACCAGUCUCUCUGAAGGUGAAACCAAGGGCUCCCAGGCUCAUUUGAUCAGGAGACCAGCAGACUGGCAGCCAGAGAACUUUACAGAGACUUGCAGCAUACCAACAAGUUGGACAGGAUUUGAAACCCUCUCUUCAAUAGUCAACAACCCCGAGUGCCACGCUGCAGGAGAGCUCACCUGUCCAGGCAGACUGGACGCUUCAUGGACACCUGGCUGAGGACAUCAGAGGAGAGAAAUGAGGAGAGGAGUUACUGAAGGAAGAAAAAGAAACCUGAGGACUCUGAGUGGAGAUUCAAAGUAAGAACACUUAACUUCAUUCUGAACGACUGAAACCAAGCAAGAGAGGUCAAGGAAGAAGGUGAGAGAAGCCAAUAGUUACAGAAGCCACUGGGGCUGGCUGAAUUCCCCAGGACAGGUAGCCAGGGGAGGCAUUCUUCUGGGGCCAUUUGAGCAAGUUUGGCUUGUGAGUCAGUUUCCCUGGUGACUUCAAUCCCAUUGCUGGUUGUCUUUCCUUCUUCUCCCAUCAUUCUUGUGUGGUACCCAGAAGCUGACUUUGGUUUCUAAGGAGCAAGCAGAGGGAGAUAUGAUGUGUUGGAAGGUCCUGAGAAUAAGCCUGGUGGUCCUGGCUGGGUGGUCAUUUAGUACCACCAACUCAGAGCUGGGCUGGAAACGCAAGAAAUUCCUGGCCCAGAAGGCACACCUGAACCAGGUGCUGUUGGAAGGGGAACGCUGUUGGCUGGGGUACAAGGUUCGAAGACCCAGAACUGCUCCACAGCAUCAUCUCUUUGGGGUCUACCCAAGCCGCCUCGAAAACUACCUAAGGUCCUAUCCUGUGGGGACGCAGCAAACCCAGCAUGCAGAGUGGAGUCAGCGAAGCACAGAGAGACAGAGUGGUGUUCCCCGAGACCUGACUGAAAACCCAGCAGGAGCGAGGAGAGAGUAUCAGCAGCCAGCUGCCCCGUGGGUAGGGGAUGGUCUUAUUGGGCAAUCGCAGCUGCAGAGAGAUGAUGACACUUAUCUUGGCAAGGGAGGAUCUAAGGAGGCUCUAGGUGAGCCUGCGACUCGGGGAAGCUCAGAAACUGCUGUCUCCACCAUUGCCACCUUCGCAUAUCAGAAGGGACCCACAGCGGAGACCCAGAGAAAGGGCAAGCCCAAGUCUAGGCUUCCUCGCCAAGUGCAGAAGAGACAGGCAGAAGAUAUGACCAGAGACCCCCAGAAUACCCCUCAAGAUUUCCAGCUUUGGCCCAAAGACCCUCUUAAGCAUGGAGAUAGUGCUAGUCCAUUGGAAGGCACCAUCCAAAAUGGUGGAGGGACCUCUGCCCGGAGAGCAGAGACCUUUAACCCCCAAGGAGGAUUGCCUGUACUGUAUUUCUCUGGGAAGAGGGAGCGGCUGUUGCUGCGUCCAGAAGUGCUGGCUGAGACUCCCCGGGAGGCGUUCACAGUGGAAGUCUGGGUGAGACCAGAGGGAGGACAGAGCAACCCAGCCAUCAUUGCAGGUGUGUUUGAUAACUGCUCCCACACAGUCAAUGACAAGGGCUGGGCCCUGGGGAUCCGUUCAGGGAAGGACAAGGGGCGGAGAGAUGCUCGCUUCUUCUUUUCCCUCCGCACUGACCGGAUGAAGAAAGCCACUAUCGUGACUGGCCACAACCGCUACCAGCCAGGUACAUGGACUCAUGUGGCAGCCACUUACAAUGGACAGCGUAUAGCUCUGUAUGUGGAUGGCACUCAAGUGGCUAGUAGUCUUGAUCAGUCUGGUCCGCUGAACAGUCCUUUCAUGGCGUCCUGCCGCUCUCUCCUCCUGGGAGGGGACAGCUCCGAGGAUGGGCAUUAUUUCCGUGGUUACCUGGGCACAUUGGUCAUCUGGUCGACUGCCCUUUCACAACUCCACCUCCAGCACAGUCCCCAGCGUCCAAGUGGAGUAGAUGAAUUGACUGCCUUGAUCCUGACAGCCACUUUCGAUCCUCUGAAAGAACAGUGGGCUCCAUUUAGAGAUGAAACAUAUCCCCGGCUGGAGGUUCUCCAGGACUCUGAGUCACAGCCUGAGAUUCUAUCACCUUUACAGCCCCCACCUUGUGGGCAAACAGCUUGUGACAAUGUGGAACUCAUCUCCCAGUACAAUAAGCAUGGGCACCUUCGCGGAGAGAAAGUGAUCCGCUACCAGGUGGUAAACAUCUACGAUGAUGAGGGGCUGAAUCCCAUUGUGAGUGAUCUUCAGAUCCGUCGUCAGCAUGAGGCCCUGAACGAGGCCUUCAACCGCUACAAUAUCAGCUGGCAGCUGAGUGUCCACCGGGUCCACAACUCCACCCUGCGCCACCGGGUUGUGCUUGUUAAUUGUGAGCCCAGCAAGAUUGGCAAUGACCACUGUGACCCCGAGUGUGAGCAUCCACUCACUGGCUUCGAUGGGGGUGAUUGCCGCCUGCAGGGACGCUGCUACUCCUGGAAUCGCAGGGAUGGCCUCUGUCACGUGGAGUGCAACAACAUGCUGAAUGAUUUUGAUGAUGGGGACUGCUGCGAUCCUGAAGUGACUGAUGUCCGAAAGACUUGCUUUGAUCCUGACUCACCCAAGAGGGCAUACAUGAGUGUGAAGGAGCUAAAGGAGGUCUUGCAGCUCAACAGUACUCACUUCCUCAAUGUCUACUUUGCUAGCUCAGUUCGGGAAGACCUUGCAGGUUCUGCCACAUGGCCCUGGGACAAGGAAGCUCUGAGUCACCUGGGUGGUGUCGUUCUCAACCCGACCUAUUAUGGCAUGCUUGGCCACACUAACAUCAUGAUCCAUGAGGUGGGGCAUAUCCUGGGACUCUACCAUGUAUUCAAAGGAGUCAGUGAAAGAGAAUCCUGUGAUGACCCCUGUAGAGAGACAGUGCCAUCUAUGGAGACAGGAGACCUGUGUGCUGACACUGCUCCCACACCCAAGAGCAAACAGUGUCGGGACCCAGAGCCAGCUAAUGACACCUGCGGCUUUACUCUCUUCCCAGGGGCUCCAUUCAAUAACUACAUGAGCUACACAGAUGACGAGUGCACUGACAACUUCACCCCCAACCAAGUGGCCCGGAUGCAUUGCUACUUGGACCUUGUAUACCAGCAAUGGACUGAAAGCCAAAAGCCCACCCCCAUACCCAUACCACCCAUGGUUAUUGGGCAAACCCACAAGUCCCUCACUAUCCAUUGGCUGCCUUCUAUCAGCGAAGUUGUGUAUGACAGGGCCCCUGACAGUAUGUGUGGCGCCUGCACUGAAGAUGGGACAUUCCGUCAAUAUGUAUACAAGGCAUCCUCUGGGCGAGUGUGUGACUCUUCAGGUUACUGGACUCCAGAGGAGGCUGUGGGGCCUCCUGAUGUCGAUCAGCCCUGUGAGCCUAGCUUGCAGGCCUGGAGUCCCGAGCUCCACCUCAACCACAUGAAUAUGACCGUGCCCUGCCCAGCGGAGGGCUGUAGCUUGGAGCUGCUUUUUCAAUACCCUAUCCAAGCGGAUACCCUCACUCUCUGGGUCACUUACCUCUCCGUGAACUCAUCCAAAGCAUUCUUUGACAUAGAGAUCUUGCUAGAACACAAAGAAUCUAUGCAUCUUGGGCCUUUAAACACUUUUUGUGACAUACCACUCACCAUCAAACUCCACGUGGAUGAGAAGGUCGUGGGAGCGAAAGUCUACACCUUUGAUGAACGAAUGGAAAUUGAUGCUGCUCUCUUGACGUCACGGCCCAAUAGUUCCUUAUGUUCUCGAUGCAGGCCUAUGAGUUACCAGGUUGUCCGAGAGCCUCCUUUUUCCAGUGGUUUGCCCAUGGUAGUGACACAUCCACAUAGAAAGUUCACAGAUACGGAGGUCAUCCCCGGACAGAUGUAUCAGUACCAAGUCCAAGCUGAAGCUGGAGGGGAACUCGGAGAAGCUUCACCCCCUCUCAGCCAUAUUCAUGGAAGCCCUUACUGUGGAGAUGGGAAGGUAGAAAGGAGUAUAGGAGAGAUGUGUGAUGAUGGAGACCUCUUGAAUGGAGAUGGGUGCUCAAGGGAAUGUAAACUGGAGGAAGGCUUCAAUUGUGCAGGGGAGCCAAGCCUUUGCUACAGGUAUGAGGGAGAUGGGAUUUGUGAAGCUUUUGAGAAGGAAACCAACAUCAUAGACUGUGGCCUCCAUACUCCUGAAGGAUAUUUGGACCAGUGGGCUAGCCAGGCUUAUUCCUACAAUGAACACAAGGAGAAGUGUCCUGUUUCCCUGGUAACAGGAGAACCUCAUUCAAUGAUUUGUACUUCACACCACCCGGAUUCAUCCCCGUAUCAUCUCUUUCCUGGCUGGUUUCCCUGUGUCUUCAGUCUGAAGAAAGAUCAGGAUGCAGGCAGUGAGCAGGCUAAAGAUAGUCUGCAGAAGGACAAUGAAAUUUGGCUUGAAGUGUGUUUCAAUGAGCCAGGAGUUGCAGUGGCAGUUUUCAUUUUCUUGGCAUCUGAUGGCCUGACUCCUGGGGAGCAUCAGCAGGCAACAGUGACCCUUUACCUGGUUGAUGUCAGUGGAAGCAACCACUCUCUUGGGACCUAUGGACUGUCAUGUCAACAUAAUCCACUGGUUAUCAAUGUGAGCCAUCAUGAGAAUGUCUACCCCCAACAUACCUCCGCCAUGCUGCUGAAUUUUUCAUCCCCACUGGUGGGCAUCUCAGCAGUUGCUCUAAGGACAUCCUCCCAGACCGGUUCUUCAGCUCCCAGUAACUGCAUACCAGAGCAAAAUCAUCAGGGAAAGAGCUGUGCUCAACAACCUUGUGGAGAACAGGGAAGAUGUGUGCCAUUGCUACUUGAUCAUACAGACAUGGUGAAUUGUACCUCGAGUAGCCCAGGUCACAUGGAGUGUGCUAUCACUUGUCAAAGGGGAUAUGUCCUUCAGACCAGCAGUGGGCAGUACCUCAGGAAUAUGCAGAAAGAGAUUCUCCUUACUUGUUUCUCUGGCCGCUGGGACAAGGAUGUGAACUGCAAGCGACUUGACUGUGGUGUUCCAGACUCCUUCUUGGUGAAUUAUGCAAAUUUCUCCUGCUUAGAGGGUACAGACUUUCUGAAGCAAUGUUCCGUUUCAUGUGUCCCACCAGCCAAGCUCCAAGGACUGAACCCAUGGCUGACAUGUCUUGAAGAUGGACUCUGGUCUCUCCCUGAAGUCUACUGCAAGUUGGAAUGUGAAGCUCCUCCAGUUAUUCCAAAUGCCAAUCUGCUCCAGCCACAUUGCCUGGAAGGCAACCAUGAUGUGGGCACCAUCUGCAGAUAUGAAUGCAAACCAGGCUACUAUGUGAAGGAGAGUUCAGGAAGUCAAGGCAAGAACAAGUUCCUGAAGAUCCAGUGUCUGGAUGAUGGAAUGUGGGAACAAGGGAGCUGCAUCCCAGUGGUUUGUGAGCCUCCUCCUCCUGUUUUUGAAGGCAUGUAUGAAUGUACUGAUGGCUUCAAGCUGGACAGCCAGUGUGUGCUCAACUGUAACCAGGAAACGGAAGGGAUUCCAAUCCUCUGCACUAAAGAGGGGUUGUGGACCCAGGAAUUCAAGUUGUGUGAAAACCUGCGAGGAGAAUGCCCACCACCCACUUCAGAGUUGAAUUCUGUGGAGUACAAGUGUGGACAGGGAUAUGGGAUUGGUGCAGUGUGCUCCCUGUCAUGUGUAAUCCCCCCUAGUGACCCUGUGAUUCUACCAGAGAAUGUGACUACUGAGACUUUGGAGCACUGGAUGGAACCUGUCAAAGUCCAGAGUAUUGUGUGUACCGGCAGGCGGCAGUGGCACCCAGACCCCUCUCUGGUGUACUGUAUCCAGUCAUGUGAGCCUUUCCAAGCAGAUGGUUGGUGUGACACUAUCAAUAACCGUGCCUACUGCAACUAUGAUGGGGGAGACUGUUGCUCUUCCACGCUCUCUUCCAAGAAGGUCAUUCCAUUUGCUGCAGACUGCGACUCGGAUGAAUGCACCUGUCGAGACCCCAAGGCAGAAGAAAACCAGUAACUCUAGGACCAGAGCCCACUCCUCUGUCCUGGAGGCAGACUAAAAGAGAAGCUCCCAUCCCAGGAUGCAAAGGGUGAAUAAACACGACAGCUUCUAAGGUGGAAGGAGAGCUCAGAAGAGAGCCUUUAAGAAAUGCAAGAGAAUAUUUGUAGGUGCCAGUUAAUGCAUUAAGUAGUCCAAGUAGGGAGGGAUUAGAGGCAAACAUUUCUGUACAAAGACAAUUGUUUAGAAAUGGAAGGAGAAAUUGACGAACAGGACCCCUUCCCUCAUCUGUACUCUGCUCCAUCCUUCUCUCAACUCUCACUCUCCUUCCCCGCUCUGCACGCGUCAGUGGCUCAGCCCCCACCCAACAUGUAAACCAGUAUCAAAAUAUUAGAAGAUAAGCUGCCAGGGACUCUGUCAAUACCCAUUUCAGAUGGACUGUCAUCUUUCAGGGCUCAUCUACUCCAGACUGGCCCUUUGCCUUUCUUUUGAGUGGUUUCUCUCAAACAAUGAGGUUAGCUAUUUCUCUAUAAGUAUUUAAACAUAAUUAUAUAAAUAUAUUAUAUAUUAUAUAUUUUGCUGUUUACUAAGCUACAGAUUAUCCAUUGUUCCACAAAUGCUGCUGUGAAGUUCAUGUCCAGAGGGAUACUGAAGCUUCGAGGACAGAAAGAAAGGUUCUUUUGCUUUCCUCCCAUAGAUAGGGAUUGGCAGGUCGGAUGGGGAGAAGAUAGUCGAUGGAAUUCUGGAUGCUGGCCUGUCAGCUGAUCAUCAUUUUAUGACCUGGGAGCUGGGCCUACUGAAAGGAGAUAGACUUGGCAUGCUAAGACCAAGAGGCAUGGAAAGUUACAAAUGGGAACCUAUUUGGCAGCAGGUCCAGGAGAAAUAGACAAUGGUUUCUAAGUAUCUACCAAAAGGAGCAUACAAACUCUCCUACACUUCUCAGAACUCUCAGCUGGAGUUGUUGAAGACCAGGGUCUUUUCUACUUUUCCAUGUACCUAGUCCAAGUAUAGCUGCCAACCAGCCAGCCAGUCAGCCAGUCAGCCAACCAGCUAGCCAAAAAAGUUUGUAUGAGGGCUCAUUCUCUGAACAUCAAGCUUACAGGAACUUACACCCUCUUCAUACUUGGCCAGUCGCUGUCUCUCCUUGUUACAAGUCUCAAAGCCUGGCCAUUGUUCACAGCCACAUCACCAACUGUUGAUUUUUCUGAGAAAAGAAAAUGCUUUGGAGAUUUGGAAAUGGGGCGGGGGGAGAUAAGAGAUGAAAGAAGAGGGUGCUGGAAGAGGGAAAUGCUGUCAGAGGGGUGAAAGGUCAGAGAGGUGAGAGGUCAAGAUGAAAUGAGGUCUGAGGAUAAGAGGAUGGAAUGAGUGAACAAGCCCCUGUUCCAAGUCUCCAAAGGAGGCCAGAGAUCCUUCGAGCAACGAGAUAAAUCUUAUUCAAGCGCAAAGUAUGAAGUUUGUAGCCCAGUAAGCAACACGUGGAGCGAGGGUGACACUCUGUGGGGAGAAAGAAGAAUUUCAACUAUUCAGGAUCCAUGUUGUCCUUACCACUUCUUGUUCAAUAGCUGUAUGCUAAUGUGACAAAACAGUCACAUUAACACUUCUCUGUCCAUCCAUCUUAAGCUCAUAUUUUUCCAUGGGAUCUGUCCUAGGUAUGUUUUCUUACAACAGUUUUUGGAUCACACCUGGAAAGAGAGUUAGGACAUAGUUUCUUUCUUUUAAUGAUGGUCUUCUUACAAAGGCUCUGAUAUCUGUCUCCCCUAAUUUUUUCCUCCAGUGGAAACUAAGACCAAGUAAAACUUGGAGUCACUUCUGGUAUCUCCAAAACCUGUCCUCCUGUUCCUCCUACUCUUCAUCAUCAAGGCUGAAGCAACUAAUCUAUAAAAUGAGAAAGGAAAUACUAUUUAUCAGCAGCAGCACAUUACCCCUACUCUAUAUGAAGAGCAAUAUUCUGCAGUGAUUGUGGAUAUGGCAAUAUACAUAUACUUACCUAUGCAUAAGUGGAAUGUGGAUAACAAAGCCAUUGAGAAAGGGAAAGGCAGUGUUAAUCUUCUAUUCCUAGCAAUAAGGUAAACAGUGCUUAAAUACUGUUUGUUGUCUAGGUCACACUUAGUACCCUCUGUCAGGAAGGACAAUUCAUAUUCUGAAUUCUGAUAAGUUUACUAUGGAAAGAACAAUAGAAAAGCUUAAAUUUUCUACUAAAUAUUUCAAUUUAUAUUUCUGGUUCCUGAUACGUUUAAUAUGAAAAAACCAAUAGAAAAAUUUAAAUUCUCUACUAAAUGCACACACACACACACACACACACACACACACUGUUUCCUUGGAGAAGCAUUCAGAUUCCUGGAUAUGUGUCAACUUUUGCCUUAGACAAAUCACGACAGAGAAAGCAAUAGUUAUCUUGGGCACAAGUCAGUGCACAGAGUCUGUCAUGCCCAAGAGCACUCAUGGGCACCAGUGUGCAUCCAUGUUCAGUCUCUUCACUAAGUCCACUCAGAGUAACAGAGAGAACAUUUUGAUCCCAUGCUUCACUUUAAGAUACUUUGUUCUUUCUUGGCAACAUACACCCUGCCCUGGGAAGGCAAGAGGACAGCUCCCCAGGCUGAAGGUCAUUUAGCUAUAAUCAGCUAGACAGAGGCAACAGUCUUGUCUAGACUUUGUCCCUUGGCUCCAGUGUUUAAAGAAACUUAAGUCCCUAAUAAAGAAAAUGAUCAGUGAUCCCAGGGACAACUCAUGCUUACCCCCAGUUGAUUAUAUUCAGUUCUUCUUAGACAUCCAGGGCCCUCUACAGAAGCUCCUCUGCCUGUUUCUUUAUUCCAGAGUCACCUAUUAUUGUUCCUGGUAACCAGAGUUUUGAGCCUAAAGGUAGCUGACUUUGAUAGUUUGUACGGCAGCCUACAAUCAUGGAUACUGAAAAGAAAAGAGGUCAGCAGGGUCAAUGAGCAGAUCCUGGCAAAGACGGCAGCCAGUAGAGUCUUCUUGGUUCUUUUCUUUCCUUUCCAACAUUUAAGGCCUUAUUCUUUGACACAUCACCUAUUCUAUGUGGUCACCAUCAAGUGUGUCAGUUAGCACCCAAGGGGACAGUUUGAUGGAAAACACAGUGAACGGGGCCGAUCUACUGUAUUGUAAUGUAAAACAGCUACAUCAGUUAUUUUAUAAGAUUAUAAAACAUUCAUUAAAAAAUCAGCACAUAAAAUAUGAA